AACCAGCAAUUUAAACCCAAAGAGGGCUAAAACCCUCGGGCUUCAAACGUGUCUCAGAGAGAAACCAUGCUUAUCCUACACCCAUGCGCACCCUUUGUUCAAGCCUCCGGGCUUCCCUUCCUCCUUAACUCCCGCCACUCCGACUGCUCUGCGUCAUUUCCAACCAUUAAACUCCGACACCGUAGCUAUGUUCAUUCCAAGGCUUCUCCGCACGUGGCCAAAGUGAGCCACAACUUGCAGGGAGUGAUUGCCGGAGAUGAAGGUCCUUACAACGAUGCAGAUGAAUUCGAAGACGAAGAGGGAUUCCCCACUCGUGGUGGGUUCAGAGGGAGAGGGGAAGAGAGGGAUUACGACAGAGAUCCUGAAUUCGCUGAAAUAUUGGGGAGUUGUCUCGAUAACCCAGAAAAGGCGCAGUCCAAAAUGGAAGAGAGGUUGAGGAGGAAAAGGAAUAAAAUUUUGCAUACAAAGACCGGUACAGCCAUACCCAUGAAAGUAACAUUCAACAAGUUUAAUUUCUCCAACUCAUAUAUAUGGUUUGAAUUUUACAAUGCUCCCUUGGAAAGAGAUGUAUCCUUACUUUGUGAUUCCAUUCGAGCUUGGCACAUCAUUGGACGCCUGGGCGGAUGCAAUUCCAUGAAUAUGCAAUUGUCUCAAUCUCCAUUGGAGAAAAGACCAAGUUAUGAUGCUAUUCAGGGAGCAAAUGUGACGCCAACUACAUUUUAUAAUAUUGGUGAUCUUGAGAUUCAACAAAACCUGGCACGUAUCUGGGUGGAUAUUGGUACCGGCGAGUCACUGAUUUUGGAUGUGCUGAUAAAUGCAUUGACUCAGAUAAGCUCCGACUUUGUUGGAAUCAAGCAAGUUGUGUUUGGCGGAUCUGAAUUUGAGAAUUGGAAGGAAAAUAUGACAUCAGAGGAUGCAGGGUACUCUGUUCACAAAAUCUAGCCAAACUUGCUGAGGAUUGAGGUCUCCAAGUUCGACAACCGAGGAUUAAACCUUGAGGAUUUUUUAAAACAACUGAGGUUUGAGGAGUCAAUUAUUGGUACGGAGAACAGUUUGUGGGAUUUGCUUGAAUAAUCUGAGAACGCUAAUUCUCUAAUUAUUUAUUUAUUAAUUAUUUUUUAUAGUAGGGACUAGGUGCACUCGUUUAGAUGAUGGGAGAGAGUAAAGGUUGUAAUGUUUAAUCGGGUAAAUAACAAGGUAAAGGACAUUGUGUUCCAAAUGAGAGCCUAUUAUAUUCUGCAGUUCUGUGCUCAAAAUUGUGUACUUAGCAUACACUACAUUGAAUAUAGUUACAAUUUAAUACUCAA